GUUCUUACAUGCGGGAAUUGCUACAAGUUAAUUGGUGUCAGCACCGCGGAUAAGUUUGAGUCUCGUAAUCAAAUUUGGAUUUUGUAAUUUUCCCAGUUUAGUUCCAAUAUCAUGGCAGUAGAUCCUCGAUUAGAAUGUUUACCAGAACACGAAGGGCCAGCACUAAGGACAUGGAACAUUAUUAUGCAAACUACAAUGGGAAAAGUUAUAAAACCAGCUAGCUUUUGUUUCGAUCCCUCCAAACAAAACGGUCUCGAUAAAAGAUCCUUUAAAGUUGGAGAAGAUUUUAUAUCAUUAAACAAUAACAAUGCUAAUAAAAAAUUUGAUCUAUAUCAGGCAAAAAAUAUUUCGGAACAAGAUACUAAGAAGUCACAACAAUCUGAUUUAUCUGAUGACGAAGACGAGAAUAAUAACAUUCAUCACGCUCCGUGGAAGAAAUGUACCAAAUACCCAGAGAAUGCAAAUGGAUUACACCAAGAGAUUAUUGACUUUUAUAACUACAUGGCUCCUAUGCCUGAGGAAGAAAUGAUGAGAAAUGAUGUGAUACAGAGGAUAACUGAUCUUGUUGUUAGUAUAUGGCCAAGUGCUAAGGUUGAAGUUUUUGGUAGUUUUCGUACAAAUAUAUAUUUACCAACAAGUGAUAUUGAUUUGGUUGUUUUUGGAAAAUGGGAAAAAUUACCUUUGUUUACAUUAGAAAAAGCACUCGUUCAAAAUGAUAUUGCCGAUGCUGCUACUGUGAAAGUUCUUGACAAAGCUUCAGUUCCAAUAAUAAAGCUUACUGAUAAGAAGACCAGGGUUCAUGUUGAUAUAAGUUUUAACACAGAUACUGCAGUACAAAGUGCAGAGAUGGUAAAGAGUUACAUUAAAGAAUUCAAAGUUUUACCUCAUUUGUAUCUUACCCUUAAAUAUUUUCUUUCACAACGAGAACUAAAUGAAGUUUUUACUGGUGGAAUAAGUUCAUAUUGCUUGAUGCUGUUAACUGUUAGUUUUUUACAGCUUCAUCCUCGAAUCGAUGUUACAAAAUCAAAUGUAAACUUAGGCGUUCUUUUGAUGGAGUUCUUUGAAUUAUAUGGAAGAAAUUUCAACUACCAAAAAGUUGGUAUUAAAAUUAAAAAUGGUGGCUCUUAUAUUAACAAGGAUUUACUUGCAAAAGACUUGGGAAACGGUGAAUGUCCAGCUUUGCUAUGCAUUGAAGAUCCUGUCACUUUAGGUAAUGAUAUUGGACGCAGUUCGUACGGUAUUUUAAGAGUAAAAGAAGCGUUUGAGUAUGCGUUUAAUGUUCUUGAUAGUGCCUUAAGAAGUGAAUCAUAUUUUACUAUAAAUCCUGGGAGCACAUAUUUGAGUCGAAUUAUAUCUGUUCCAAAAGAUCUUAUUGUAUAUAGAAAUUGGAUACAUAGUGUUUUUCGUACAGAGCCUUACAAACCUGCUGUUUCAGUUAUUUCUCUUCCAUCUCCAAUUUACCAGCUAUCUACUGUUCCUAUUUACAGUCAAAAUCGCCCUGCUCUGCUUCCGACUCCUCCUGGUCAAUAUUCUACCCAGCUAAAAGUAUCUUCUCCAUUUUCCAACCUUACAACAACAGCAAGUAGUAUACAAUAUAAUUCUUUUUAUACAAACAUGUAUAAUUCUCAACAUGUUGUGUUACCAAGCAAUGCAAAUUCAACAAUGGUUUAUCCUAUUGCAACCAUGGUACCUAGCACAACUUCCUCUCGUAAUAUUUCCGUAACAGUUCAUGCUUCAAAUGAGCAGCAAAAUAACAAAAUAACUAAUUUACAUAAAAUUGGAGAAAUAUCUACUCCUGGCCAGUCGAUUAAUCAAACACAGUUAUCAUAUGCUAAAGCAGCUUCAAACAUUGAUUUAUGCCGCACUUCUCGAUCCUCACCUAUGACAACAUAUAGCCGAAGCACUCCGGUUAUUACAUCAUCUCCUACUUAUAAUCGUAAAAACAGUACAAAUUCGAAUUCUCGAAACUCUUCCCCGAGUGCGGCAUCUCGUUCUAAAAAUCGGCAAAAUAAAGUUUUAAAUGAUUCUCUCGAAAAAAAUAAUUUUGAAAACACUGAUUUAAACCAUAUUCCUCAGCCAUUAAAAGCUGUGGUUGUAAGCGCAGAUAAUGCCUGGUCUCGUAAACGCAAUGACAUUAUCUCUCUGAGCGAUUCAAGUGAUGAUGCUUGUUAUUCUAAAAAAGCUAAUUUCAGAUUAGACGUAAAACAAACCGCACAUAUAAUAUCUAGCGAUGAAGGCGAUUAGAUGCUACUUUGCUACUAAGCCAACCUACUCAUAAGCUUCAAGAUAACCAUAUAUAUCCAUAUAUAUUAAGUAAUAAAUCAGACGCAAACAUGCAGAUGUUAGAAUAUUUCGAAGAUUCUAUUAUGCAUCAAAAAAUAUUCCAAUUAAGCUUGAUAUUAAAAGUAGUAACCAAAUUUAGGUUUUUUAAAUGAAGGAUUUUCAAAAGAAGUUUCUUAUCCAGUACUGUGUAAAAGUAAUAUCUAAUGAUUAAGCACAACUUUAUGAAUUGCCUUAAUUAGAUUUUUUAUUGGAGGAAACAACUUUUGAAGAAACAGGUCGGCUUGAGUGUAAUAAAAUUUUUACUCAUUCUACAGACUUCAGAAUGAAUUCUUAAGAGCAGAAUGCGAUAGAUUCUCUUUAAAUUUUUAUUUGCUGAUGGGACAUCUACUUCAGCUUGACUUUUUAUAUGCUUAUUAGACUGCUUUGAUAUAAUUUUAUAUUCUAACGGGAAAAACCUCGUAAACUGCAUCGAUGAAAUUUUAAUACCCAGACAACAAGUUCUCGGACUGUCUCAUCUAAUUUUAAUUAGUGGAAUGCUCAAGAAGGAAUUUUUGUUUUGGGAAAAUUUCAUAUUUUAUUUUAAUCUUAUGAGGUAGCGUCGAAUCGUUUUAAUUUAUUACUUUUGUAAGCAAUAUAACAAGUUGAUUUAAAACGAGGCAUAAAA